AUGGCGGGACGAGGCGGCGCGCGGGGCACGCCGGGAGUGCUGCUCGCCCCGGCCCCGCGCGGGGCACGCCGGGAGUGCUGCUCGGCGCGCGGUGCAUGCCGGGCAGGGGCCAUGAACGGCGCCGCGGCCGAGGCCGAGCCGGGCGGACACAAGCGGCGCUACCGGGCCCUCAAGCGGCGCCUCAAGCUGCUGGUCUACGAGCAGGAGUGCUUCCAGGAGGAGCUGAGGAAGGCGCAGCGCAGACUGCUCAAGGUGUCGCGGGAUAAGAGCUUCCUGCUGGACCGGCUGCUGCAGUACGAGCACGUGGACGAGGAGUCCUCGGACUCGGAGGCGACGGCCUCGUCCGACAACAGUGACGGGGACGGGCCCAAGGGCGCAGCCGAGCCCCCGCCCCUGAAGAGGAAGCGGAGCCCCCAGCUGGGCGGCGCCUCGUCCCCGUCCUCCUCUGGCCUCUCCCUGCAAGCGACCACCGCCUUCCCGCUGCCGGGGUCCGGAGCCCCCUCCCCCUACCUCAGCUCGAUGGCGUCUCCCCCCUACAGCCCCUUUCCUGCCGAGUACCUGGCGCCUGAGCCUGGAGCCACCCGGCAGGCCCCCGACCGCCGCGCCAAGGCCCCCCGCAAGCUCCAGAUGGCGUCGGCCGAGUGUUCGGUGGGGGGGGCGCUGGGGUUUGGGCCAGGCCGGGGGGGGGGCCCAGGCGCCCUGCCCCCGCUCUCGGCCUCGGCCAAGCUGCCGCCGCCGCCAGUGCCCUGCACGGUGCCGCAGCAGAUGUUCAGCGACACAGCCGAGGGCAGUGGCGACGACCCCCUGGACGGCGACGAUGAGCUCGUCAUUGACAUCCCCGAGUGACCCCUGACCCCAAUAAACACUGCCUCUGCUGCUGCCCGCUCCC